AAGCAAAGAGGUUAUAAGGAGACUGGCUGGCAUCCAAGAUGAUGGACUCAGCCCAGUUCUGUGGAAGAUCUGUUGAUAAUCACUUGGUUUAAUAGUCAGGUGCAGUGUUUCGCGUGUUAUAUCCAUUUGGCAUCGAGAAGAGCAGUACGUACUAAGCCAAUGAUUCAGGCAGAGACUGUAAAGCAGGCACUGCAGUGAGCUCACUGCAUCAUGGCACAAAGGAACCGAGUGGGGUGCUUCCCAAGCUAUACAAAGAAAGUAAGGUUUAAGUUCCAGGCUUCACGGAAGCACGUCCGCCCUUUUCUCCUGCAAAUCAUGGACGAUUUAGUGGAUGAUGAGCUGAAGCGAUUCAAGUUCCAUCUGAACACACAAGUACUGGAUGGAUUUGAGCCCAUUCCAGUCAGUCAGUUAGAACGUGCAGACCGGACAGAUACGGUUAAGAAAAUGAAAGAAUACUACAAUACUGAAGGUGCACUUCAGAUGACUCACGCCAUAUUGAAGAAGAUGAACAUGAAUGAUCUGGCUAAAAAACUGCGUAAUGUAAUGAAUAUCGCACGCUCUCCUCCCAAUAGUCUUAGCAUCAGCUCUCUGGGUACAAUGUCAGUCACCCUCACCUGGGACAAGCCGAAGGGGAUGGAGGACAUUUCACACAGUUACAGUGUGACGUGGGCGGACAGCAGCUCGAGCCAGAGCCAUUCGAUCAUCACAGAUGAGAAUGAAGUUGUCCUGUCCAGCCUGAGACCAGGAACAGAGUACAGCCUCUCUGUGUGCACCAUGCUGAAAGACACCAAUCUCAAGAGUGAACCUGUCACCAUCAAAACCUGUACAAGGCAUGAGCUGAGAAUUGUGCUAUUAGGAAGAACUGGAGUGGGGAAGAGUGCGACUGGGAACACCAUCCUGGGCAGGAAAGAGUUUAAGUCAGAAGUCAGCAACUACUCCGUAACGAUGAGCUGCGCUAAAGCCAGAGGCAAAGCCUGUGGAAGAAAGAUGUCAGUGGUGGACACUCCAGGCCUGUUUAACACAAAGCUGAGCAAGGAAGAUCUCAUAAAGAAGAUCACAGAGUGUGUUUCCCUCUGUGCUCCUGGGCCCCAUGCAUUCCUGGUGCUGCUGCAGGUGGGCAGAUUCACACAAGAAGAGCAGGAAACACUGAACAUCAUCCAGGAGGUUUUUGGUCCUGAAUCAGCUCAAUACACCAUGGUGCUGUUCACACAUGGAGACGUCCUGGGUGACGCUGCCGAACAAUUUCUUAGUGGUGAUACAAAGCUUAAGGAAUUCAUUGAGAAAUGCCAGGGUGGAUAUCAUGUCUUCAACAAUAAAGAUGUAUGGAAUGCGACACAGGUCACAGAUCUACUGGACAAGAUAGAGGAGAUGAUCGAAAAGAAUGGAGGAGGCCAUUACACCAAUGAGAUGUUCAUGAAGGCCAAGAAGGGCAGCAAGAAGAAGAACAAGGGAAAUAAAGAAAAACAAAAAUCUCUGGUAAAAACAAACCUGGAUGAGAGAUAUAAAGGCAAUAAUAACUAAGUAUAAAAAACAAUGAUCAGUGAAGAUAUUACAUGAUUUUCAAUUAACAUUAAACGUUUAUUCUCUCCUUAUACUUUUUCUUUUCGAAUAUCUUUAUGUAAUGGUAGUAGUAAGUUAGUAAACUAUCAUGUUGCAUUAGGACGAAUUUGCGGAUGAUUACGUCACCUAGAAUUAAUCACUGUCCUCCCGCUGCUGUGAUACAUGUGAGGUGAUUGAGGUGUGGAUUGAUUCUGAUCGGUUAUGGACUGAUCAUUCUGAGAUUCAGAUACGUCGUCCAUGAUUCACCCAUAAUAUUAUGGUGAUCACUUAUACACUUAUCACUUAUUGUUUUUCACAAAUAACGUGUUUCUCAUCAAAGGAGUGUCCUUAUCUUGUCUGAAAAAAAUCUGUGCUCUUGGAUGCUUGCCCUGUUUUUCUGGGGGGGGGGGGGGUUCCUGAGGACAGGGAAAGGUGUCGCCGAUUCGUGUUGCCCACCACUGAUCGGUGUGUGAGACCCCUGCCCCGUCUUCAGGGAGAAGGACAUCUGAGUGUAAAUAGCUUUGCAACUGCUUGUACAUUUCAUUGAUUAUUGGGAUUAAUUAUCACUGCUUGUG